GUGACAACAGCGCCUCUACAAGAAAACGUUACAACCGUUAUAAAUGAUCCGUACAACGCAUUUACACUUAGUAGUUGAAAAUGGCCGCUUAAAAGUUCUUGUCAAGAUGUGUGCUUCAAUAAUACGUCAUUUUACAAUGGAAUCUAUUGGAAUUGUUGAAAAAUUGUCGAAACGGAAUAUUGUAUCUGAAGUAAUAAAGUCUAUUGAAACACCAUUGUUAAAGCAUAAAAAGUGUGGUACACAAAAGAAUCAGUUGUUAUAUUGCGAGAAAAACAUCCUACGUGAUUGUGAUUCCAGUUAUAGAGGCUAUCUUUGUUCCGAAGAAAGAUUUAUGAGAAUUGAAAGAAGUUACGGAGGAAUACCAGCUUGUUGAAUAAUUGACUUUGCUUUGUUGUGUUAAGCAUGUGUUCUAUGCAGAGCUUACCCGCAAAUACAACAAUGGAAAAAAUGUAUUCGAUGAACGAUACAUUAAAUGGACAAGGAAAUAUGCAGGGUGCAAAGAAAGAAAACAUGUUCAACAGUGUUUGUAAUGUUUUAAAUGUAUUUUUGGGACAACUCUCUAAAGUUCCUGUUUCAUUCAUGGGAGGAAAUUAUCCAUUGUCUGUGACAGUUGUAAAUAAUAGUAAUUCACAUGACUUUUUUAAAAAUUUGGCAAGUAAAAGAGAGUCAUUAAAUGCAGACAAUAUGUACAUUCACAAUGAUGAGAUCAAAGAAUCCCUAAAUAUCGUUGAGAAUAUUCGUAAUAAUAUAUGUAAUGAAAAGAAACUCUGCAUAAGUAAAAUUUUUGAAAAUACAAAAGAUAAUUUGAAAUUUAAUUAUGAAUACAUUGAUAGUAAGAAUAAAGAUGCAGAGAAAUCUGAUGAGAAGAAAUUAGAUAUUAAUAAAGGUGUUAAAUAUAACACAACUGAUUGUAAUUAUUUAGUAUCAAUUCAAAAUUCUAAUAUAGAAAGUGAUGAGGAAUUUGAAUACAUUUGUUCUGAUACGAACACAAAGGAAGUGGAUGUUAAAGAAAAUUGUUAUAUUUUUGAAGAAACAUAUAAUAAGGAUAUAUCUAAUACAGAACAGCUUUUUAAUUGUAAUAAUAGUAGGGGUGAUAAGACUGUAAAUAUGGAAAAUUCUCUUUUAACGCAUAGUACAAAUACAUUAAGUACAGAGACAAUUCAACAAUCCACAUUUCCAAAUUUGUUCACAAAUAUGCUUCAAAAAAUUAUUGAUGGCGUAACAGAUAAAUUUUCUAAAACAGAUUUUAAGAAGUCGAAUAUACCAGCAAAAGCAUCAGUUUCAUCGAAGCAACGAAGAAAACUUACUACAGUGGCAAAAGGUCGAGGGCGGGGGCGAGCAAAAUCGCAGCUUAGGCGCUCUGGAGUCAGUCAAAAAAGACACAGAAGGGAACGGAAACAUGACAUUACAAUAGACAUAGAAAGCGAUUUUAAAAGCUGGCAAGAACUUGAAGAGUCCGAUACAACAGAAAAUAAAGAAUCGGAAGAUUCAUGUUUAGAUGAGGAUGUAGUAGAUGCUGUACAGUAUAUUAUAGAAGAGAGAAUAAGUCCUGUAACAUAUACCUUUGCCGAUGUAGAACCCAAAAUUCAGAAACCGAAAAUACGCAGAAACGUUAAUUAUGACAUAUCUAAAUUUUCUGCAAAAAUACCUGAAUGUUUAAAGCAAACAGAUACUUCUAAUUAUGGUUUUCGACCACGUUCAAUAUCAGAAAGUUCCACUGGUUCAGAAGAUAGUUAUUGCAUAGUGUUUGAGACUGAUUCUGAAGUAACUUUUAAAAGUGAUGUUGAAGAUAGCGAAGAGAGCGAUAUAAAUGAAAUAAGCGAAGAGAGUGAUAUAAAUGAAAUAAGCGAAGAUGAAAUAACGUAUAAAGACGAAAAACCUGCGACUCCGAUCCGACAAGUAAAAUUCAAUUUGAAUCCAGUGGUUCAUUUAAUGGUUCAAUGGGACUAUGCAUACCGUGCAGCUCGGAAAGGUCCAUGGGAAGAAAUAGCUAGAGACACAGAACGAUUUAGAAGUCGAAUAAAUUGUAUAGAACGUGUUCUUAAUCCAAUAUUAACAGUUCAGCACAGAAUUCAUAUUUGGCAAGAACGAUUUGCACUUAUUGAAUAAAAUUCGUAUUCCUUUAAGGUACAUGUAUCAUUCAAAAUUGAUUUUAUACAGUAUAGAAGAAGAGAUGAUGUAUUAAGAAAAAAAAGAAUAUGUAUAAUAAAUGUUCUAGAAUGACAAAAUAGGCUGUGAAUAAAUAAUAUAGAAUAUAUAUCUUCAGACAAUAUGUUCAUUACUAAUGGACAUAAAUUGUUCAUUGUCUGAUGAUUUUCACUGAUUGGAGUACCUAUUUUCUUUAAAAGUUCAUAAAUUCAUAAGCUGUAAAUUCUUGUUUCUAGCUAAUCUAAGUCUAGCAUUUGUCGAUAUGUAAGCAUGUC